AUGGAAGCCCAUCUGCAUUUCCACACCGUGGCGGACCUGCACAGCUUCGGCAACACCAUGAGAGCCUCUGGCCGCUCCCUCGCCUCCCUUCGCCUGGGGCCCACUCCCAGGGAUGCAUCCCACUGGGAAGACCCGUAUGGGCAUGCCCAGGAACAGCAGCAGCAGCAGCAGCAGCAGCAUGAGGAGCAGCACGGCCAUGCAGAGCAGCAGCGGCAUGCAGCAGAGCAGCACGAGCGCAUCUCCCCGGUGUUUCUCCAGCACUGCCCGUGGCUGCAGCAGCUGCACCUGGAGCGUGCCAACUGGAACCUCAGCAGCCUCCAUCCCUCGUGGUUCAAAGCCUUAAGGACCCUCACCAUCCACCAUUCCCACUGCACCGCCUCGGAUUUCGAGUUUCUGGCCCAUAUCACGCCGCAGCUGCACGAACUCUCCCUCUACCGCCUCGUGGUGGCAUCGCUCCCCGUCGCAUCGGCCAAAGACGUUUACCUGAACGCACCAAGCAUGCAAGAGGAGUCAGUCAAUCCUCUCGCCAACCCCCCUCACUCCCUCAGCAACCCCUCUCACUCACCUCAGAUUUCUUCAAAUCAGCCUUCCAUCUCCCGGGAGCUUUACUCUCCAUCCAUCUCUGAAUCCUCCUUGAUCCACGUGCUGCAAUCAGUAGCGCCAACAGUGGAGGCACUGAUGGUGCCGCACUCGCUGCCGAUAGAGUCAGUGGAGGGCGAGUGGAGUGAGCUGCACCGCCUUGCAAUCGGUGUGCGUGGGAGCAAGGCGGGUGCGGGGAGGUGCAAGACGACAGUGGAGGCAGCAGAGGCUCGUGCGGGCGGCAUCAGCCGUUUGUACCUAGCACGAGCCUCAGAUGCUUCUUCCACGAGGAGAAAUGGUGGCGGGGAAGGAGGAGACAGAGGCAGCGGCAGUGGUGAUGGUCACGGGGGCAGCGGCGGCAGCAACUGCAGCAGUAGCAGCAGCAGCAGCAGCAGCAGGCGUGGAAGGAAGCGUGAAGCGCCAAGGCCUCCGUGCAUCAAUGCUCGAGCGCUGCGGUCUCUCCUUUUCGCCACGCGCCGGUGCAACCCCGGUACUCUUGUAUCUCUGCAAGAGGACUUCCCCUCGUUGGAGAUCUACUGCAUUGUUGGCAGGUCGUUCUGCUGGAAGCCCGUUGGGAGCGAGCGGCUCAAUCAGCCCAUCAUGUGUCCCAAGAAUCAUCAGACGUUGCUAAUAGAUGAGGUGACGGAGAGAAAUAAUGCUCUCAAUCAUACGAUACCCUCUGAUGCCGAGAAGCUCCACGAGAGAGAGGAUGUGGUUGAUUUGCUGCCCGGCCCCAUCUGGCACAUCAUCUUCCGCCACCUACUGGCGCAUCAUUCUCCGGAGAAUCGGGGUGAUUCCUCGGCUCCAUCGCAGCAACGAGCAGGCAGCACCUCGAACGCCACUGCCCUUCCGUUUCCUGCCAUCACGGAGCAGCAUGCGAAGGCAUUGAGGCGCUUUGGCCCCUCCUGGCCUCUGCUGCGCUACGCCGUGGCCAGCAAGAGGCUCCUCCUCCAUGCCAUCUCCUUCUCCGAGCUCGAGUCCAUGACCCUCCUAUUCAACGCUCAAGACCCCUGGUGGUCAGGCAUGCUCUAUUUCUUCCUGCGUCGCACACCUCACACGUCCCUUGAUCUCACUCUCAACAGCUCCCAAGAUCUGGACAGCAUCGGCCGUCUCUUGCAACCCUCUGCACGCUCCCUCACAAGCCUGGGCCUUGGGCUCACGGAACCUCCCGGCGGAGUCGAGCCUAUCAUCAAGGAGAGGCACCUGAUGAAUCCGGCCUUUCUUGAGGAGUUUGAGCAGCUGCAGCGGCUGAAGUUAGGUCGUGGGACGUGGCAACUAGGCGACCUGAAUCCAGCAAAGUUCCAGGCUUUAAAGAGUCUGAGCAUCCACGAUUUCAAUUGUGACGGGAAUGAUGUGUCCUUCCUCUCAUCCGUCGCACCGCAGCUGCAUGAACUCGCUCUCGCCUCCUCCAGCCAUGGCUCUGGCUCGACCACCCUCGAUUUCAAGCUCACCGCUGCUCGAGCUAUCACAGUCUGCUUUGAGAAACAAGCGCUCCACCUCCGCUUCACCAUGGCUCCCUCUUUGAAGUCCUUCUCGGCCACUGCUGCGUUUCUCAACGUGGAUUGCACAUGCGGCAGCCGCCUCUCUCUCGACUCGCUCUCUCUCAUUGGCCGCUCGCAGCUUCUCGUAACUUCGCUCCCAUUGGCCUCUGCAAAAUCCGUCUACGUGAACGGACCAACCGUUUGA